AUGCAGGGCAGGGAACGCAAGCCAUUCCAAGAAGCCCAGGGACGGAGGCAGGAAGGGCCGAAGCCGGCGCAGCUCCCGGAGCGAACCGCGACCACACUGGGCAUGCUCCGGGCCUCUCACCGCCCCAGUCCCGCCCCGCCACGCCCCGCCCCGUCCCUCCCCCAGCUCGGCGCCGCCUCCCUCCUGCCUCUCACCUCCCCUCCGGCUUCGGAGGCGCCGGGCUCUCCCGGCGGGGCGGCGGAGGGAGGCGGGGGAAGGGGGGCGGGCUGGCCGGCGCACGGUGAUGUGGCGGGACUCUUUGUGCACUGCGGCAGGAUACGCGUUUUGGGCGUCGGGACGCGGCUGCGCUCAAGCUUCUCUCCUCUCGGAAGCUGCAGCCAUGAUGGAACCGCGGGGGCAGCGCCCUCGGGGAGCCGGCCGGGAGGCGGCGGCAGCGGCGGCAGCGGCAGCGGCAGCGGCGGCGGGCCUCGCCUCCUCAUCGUCUGUUCUAACCGGGCAGCCUCUUCUGAGCGAGCGGCUUCGGAGGGAGACGGUGGAAGCCGCGGGCUCGGGCGGGAGCCGGCGCAGGCUCGGCGGCUGCACCUCCCGCUCCUGGAGCGGGGGGGAGAAGCGGCGGCGGCGGCCGCGGCUCCGGGGAGGGGGUCGGAGUCGCCUGUCACCAUUGCCAGGGCUGGGAACGCCGGAGAGUUGUUCUCUCCCCUUCUCCUGCCUCCAACACGGCGGCGGCGGCGGCGGCACGUCCAGGGACCCGGGCCGGUGUUAAGCCUCCCGUCCGCCGCCGCCGCACCCCCCCUGGCCCGGGCUCCGGAGGCCGCCGGCGGAGGCAGCCGCUGCGAGGAUUAUCCGUCUUCUCCCCAUUCCGCUGCCUCGGCUGCCAGGCCUCUGGCUGCUGAGGAGAAGCAGGCCCAGUCGCUGCAACCAUCCAGCAGCAGCAGCAGCAGCAGCAGCCGCCGCCGCAGCAGCAGCCAUUACCCGGCUGCGGUCCAGGGCCAAGCGGCAGCAGAGCGAGGGGCAUCAGCGACCGCCAAGUCCAGAGCCAUUUCCAUCCUGCAGAAGAAGCCUCGGCACCAGCAGCUUCUGCCAUCUCUCUCCUCCUUUUUCUUCAGCCACAGGCUCCCAGACAUGACAGCCAUCAUCAAAGAGAUCGUUAGCAGAAACAAAAGGAGAUAUCAAGAGGAUGGAUUCGACUUAGACUUGACCUAUAUUUAUCCAAAUAUUAUUGCUAUGGGAUUUCCUGCAGAAAGACUUGAAGGUGUAUACAGGAACAAUAUUGAUGACGUAGUAAGGUUUUUGGAUUCAAAGCAUAAAAACCAUUACAAGAUAUACAAUCUAUGUGCUGAAAGACAUUAUGACACCGCCAAAUUUAACUGCAGAGUUGCACAGUAUCCUUUUGAAGACCAUAACCCACCACAGCUAGAACUUAUCAAACCCUUUUGUGAAGAUCUUGACCAAUGGCUAAGUGAAGAUGACAAUCAUGUUGCAGCAAUUCACUGUAAAGCUGGAAAGGGACGGACUGGUGUAAUGAUUUGUGCAUAUUUAUUGCAUCGGGGCAAAUUUUUAAAGGCACAAGAGGCCCUAGAUUUUUAUGGGGAAGUGAGGACCAGAGACAAAAAGGGAGUAACUAUUCCCAGCCAGAGGCGCUAUGUAUAUUAUUAUAGCUACCUGUUAAAGCAUCACCUGGACUACAGACCAGUGGCACUGCUGUUUCACAAGAUGAUGUUUGAGACUAUUCCUAUGUUCAGUGGCGGGACGUGCAAUCCUCAGUUCGUGGUCUGCCAGCUAAAGGUGAAGAUAUAUUCCUCCAGUUCAGGACCCACACGCCGGGAGGACAAGUACAUGCACUUCGAGUUCCCUCAGCCAUUGCCUGUGUGCGGUGACAUCAAAGUAGAAUUCUUCCACAAACAGAACAAGAUGCUCAAAAAGGACAAAAUGUUUCACUUUUGGGUAAAUACAUUCUUCAUACCAGGACCAGAGGAAACCUCAGAAAAAGUGGAAAAUGGAAGUCUCUGCGAUCAGGAAGUGGAUAGCAUUUGCAGUGUGGAGAGGGCAGACAAUGACAAGGAGUACCUAGUGCUUACCCUCACGAAAAGUGACCUCGACAAGGCAAACAAAGACAAGGCCAACCGAUACUUCUCUCCAAAUUUUAAGGUGAAAUUAUACUUUACAAAAACAGUAGAGGAGCCAUCCAAUCCAGAGGCUAGCAGUUCAACUUCUGUGACACCAGAUGUGAGUGACAAUGAACCUGAUCAUUACAGAUACUCUGACACCACUGACUCUGACCCAGAGAACGAACCUUUUGAUGAAGAUCAGCAUUCACAGAUUACAAAAGUCUGAUUUUUUUUUUUUUUUUAAUCAAGAGGGAUAAAAUACCAUGAAAAAAAAAAACUUGAAUAAACUGAAAUGGACCUUUUUUUUUUUUUU